GAUGCAAAUUUUGGAAAUUGAAGUUGAGUUUUCUACUGUAAACAUAACAUAAACCAAAACAAAUUUAUAAUUUUAAAAUUAAUUUUUUAAUGGACCGUGAUUAUUAUAACAGUAUAUUGUUACUCAAUAUAUGAGGAAUAAAGAAUGCUUCUUCAUCAGUAAUAGUAGCAAAUCCUCAUUUUUUAUAUUGAAUAACUUCUAGCCCAGAAGACAAGUUAAAAUGUUGUACCUAGAAGAUUAUUUAGAAAUGAUAGAACAUCUUCCUCAAGAAUUGAGAGAUAGAUUAACCGAGAUGAGAGAAAUGGAUUUACAAGUCCAAAAUUCUGCCGACAAUCUUGAGAAAAGAGUCAGAACAUUUUUUGGAAAUGCGAAAAAAAUGAAGGUGCAAGAUAAAGAGUCGGAGUAUGAGUCAAUUAGGAAAGACUAUUACAAAACUUUAGAAGACGCAGAUGAGAAAGUGCAACUGGCAAAUCAAAUGAGUGAUCUAGUCACACGAUACCUUCGCAGAUUAGAACAAGAAACACAUAAUUUCAAGUUGGAAUUAGAGGCUGAUCACAUGGGAAUAACGGAAAUAUUAGAAAAACGCUCCCAGGAACUUGAUGCACCACCCACACCGAAUAGUGGAAACAGCUCUCAAAAGGAGAAUAGGUAUUCAAUAAAUUCAAGCCGAACAGCACACCAAGAAAAACGCCGUGACUCGACAUCGAGCAACGAGCACAGCGGCAGCAACAAGCGACUGGCGACAGUGCCGGACAUGCGGCUGGGGGCAGGGGCGGCUGCUGCGGGGGCGGUGGGGGUGGGCCCUGUGCUGCUGGCCGGAGCUCAGCCCACUGCCGCCUCCGCCUCCUCCGUCCCUCCCUCCGUCAACUACACACUGGGCCACAUCAGUGCGGGCGGCACUGCCAUUGCAGCCGCUGCGUCCCAAGCUAUUGCUGCCACUCAGCAGAUGCAACAGGGCCGCCGCACUGCCAGCCUGAAGGCGUCCUACGAGGCAAUCCACUCGGCGGCCAGCAGUAACGGGGGCGGGGGCGGGAGUGGAGGCGGCAGCGGAGGCGGCUCGGCGUCUGGCUCGGGUCAUGGGGCCGUUGGUCACGUGCCGCACGAGAUCAGCAUCAGCAAGGAGAUUGCCGGCGCCGCCCAAACUGCCAUCGCCGCCAUACAGGACACACACAAGAAACAUAAAAAGAAGAACAGCAUGCUGGCGAGUGGUGGCGGGGGCGGUGGCAGUAGUCCAGUGGUGGCCUCCCCGGCGGCCAUGGCCAGCCUACAGCUGCAGCAGCCGCUCAGCCCCACCGACUCAGCCGCCGAGAAGAACUCGGAGGUGUACGACCCCAACGAGCCCCGCUACUGCCUCUGCAACGAGGUCGCCUUUGGCGGCAUGGUCGCUUGUGAUAAUAAAAAGUGUCCCUAUGAGUGGUACCACUACCCUUGUGUUGGAAUAACAGAAGCGCCCAAGGGUAAGUGGUAUUGCCAUCUGUGCUCAAACUCCAGUACGAUAAAAAAGCGAGGCGCUCGCAAAACGAUGAGUCAGUGCUGAAGUCUCCCACUCCGUUUGUUAUCCAUGGAUUACCUUACCACCGCCAUUAUCAACCUCCUCAAGUCCCAAUCGGAGAUACUCAUUGUCAUAGAGCGCUCUCCUACAGCAGUCGGAACUUGCCACAAUUUGUAUAGAAUAUCGUAGAUGAGAUUGCUCUAUAGCAAUAAGUGUAUCCAUCUGCAAGUGCUUAUACAACUAGGCAUCUGAAUAGUAUAUUUAACUUUGAAUGUUGUGCUAUCUGUUACUUAAUAACAUCGAUGUAUAUAAUUGAAUAUUGUAUUAUGUCGGAACCUUAGACCAGUUAUAGAAUAGACACGCUGGGAAGUCUAGCCUCUGAAGCCAACAUCUACUGUCAUACCACCAAUCUUGACGUCAAAACAGUGACGUCACGCAUCGUAUAGAAAACUUUCAGAUUGUGUCUAUUUCAGAUUCAUGGUGUUUUUAGAUUAUUUCUAGCUACGGGCAUAAACGAUAUCGGUUAAGUUAUAAUGUGUUAUGUGAUAUCGGCUUCAAAGUUAUAAUGUGUUUUGAAAAUAAUAAGGUAUGGUAGCCUACAAAAAUAAUUUAUUAUCAUGCUGCAAUGAGUUCACUUACAUCAUAACCAAGGAUAAUAUUACAGUUACAACUCACAAUAUUUAUGUGUAUAAAUUUCAACUUACGCAUGAAAAGAUAUUCCACUUUUUUCCUAAAAAAUUCAGUGCAAAUUAUAUGCUGCGCAGGAGAUUACCAUUUUCAUAAAUAAUAAUUACAUAAAUAAAUAACAAUCUGCUAUGGAAAACAAGCUAUGUUUAACAACAAUGUAAGUUAAACACCACAAACACUUACACAACAAACUCAAAAAGUUAUCUAUAAUUUCUAAACGAUGCGUGACGUCACUGUUGUGACGUCAAGAUGGGUGGAUUUGGCAGUACAUGUUGGCUUCAUCGACUUUUAGUAUGAAUAUACAAUGGGCCGUGUCUAUUCUAUAAAUGGUCUAAGGUCGGAACUCACCUUAAUUUUCUAAUUACUAAGGACGUGAUAAAUGUGAAAAUAUUAUGCAAACAUUUUAAAUAAUUAUUGUAAAAAUGUUGUCACAACUUGUAGAUAGAUACCGCAUGGAAAUGGUCCAUGUUAUUGAAAAUUGUAAACCUUUCUUUGGAUAUGAACUGAAAAAAAUUAUGUAAAAAUUUGUAAAGCAUAACGUUUUGAAAAGUACAUUUGUUGGUACGAUAUUCUAAAUUUCUCGGAGAUUUACCGUACGCCGAGCAAGAACAAAUUAAGCAAGUCGAAUAUAAUAUUAUAAUUUCAAAUACUAAUUCAGAGUAUAAAUGUAAAUCAAUUGUAUACCGUGAAAAGUCCAGACUAACAUGUCUAUAAUUUAAAAACUUGAUUGGUUAAAUAAGUUGAUUUAAUGUAUAUUUUUUAUUUUGCUUCGUCUUCCUUCUAUGUCAAUAUAUUCUUGUGUAGGCUUACAAGCUGAAAGACAACGAACAUUAUCUUUCUUGUAUUGACGCUAUGAUGAAUUUUCAGAGAAAUAUAUAUUAAAAAAUAUAGCAUCAUGCUAUUGAAUAAAACACAUUUCAAAUAAAA